AACAGGUCAUCAUUAAAAAUAAGAAAAAAUCAAGAGAAAGAAAGAAGACAGAACGACAAGGGAAGAAAAGAUGCCAGGAACGCCCAUAAAGUCCUAAGACUUAAUUCCAAUGGGGUCCUUAAAAGCAAGAAAAGCUGGACAAAGGCUAUGUGUACUACGGAAAGUUGCCUCCAAACUUGACACCGAGGGCAGAGCAUCUGUUUAUAAAGCACAAAUCCGUAGUGUACUGGAAUACGCAUGUCUAUGCUGGAUAAAUGCCUCGCCUACUAAUCUGCGUCAACUUGAUAACAUCCAGAAGAAGGCCCUUAAAAUCAUUGGUAUUGAUGAAAACACCGCCAGAGACAGGUAUGCUAUUGAUAGUCUACAGCACCGACGGAUAGUGGCAGCCUUGGCAGUUCUCUACAAAAUGCACACAUCAAAAUGUCCAGCAGAUUUGCAAGUCCUACUUCCCCCUCCAUUCGAAAUACGUCGUUCUACGCGUAAAAGCACAGCAAUGCCAAGUCAUGCCCUUCGUCUGCCAAACUCUAAAACUAGAACGCUUGAUAGAAGCUUCAUCCAUUCUUCAGUCCCGGUUUGGAACUCUCUUCCAGACGAUGUGUAUAAGAGACAGCGUAUAUGGUCAGUAACCUACGAUAAACUACACCAUACACUUAAAGGCCACAAAUCAUAUAUUACGUGUUGUCAGAUUCUAGAAGACGCCGCUUAUACAGGCAGCGCGGAUUAUACGGCGCGAAAAUGGUUAGUAAAAACAGGCGAAUGCCAGCUAGUUAUUGAGGGCCAUGGAGCCCCCAUCAAUCGUCUGAUUUGUACGGGUGAUUUUCUUUUCACAAGCUCCUACGACAGAACAGCAAUGUGUUGGGACCCUGACGAUGGUGAGCUAUUGCAUAUUUUUCGAGGUCAUCGCAGAGGUGUCACCCCUCUGAUGUACAUUCCCGCUGAGGAUGCUCUUAGCGAUGACGUUGUGGACAUAGAAAGUAACAAGGAUAUUUUGAUCACGGGGGCAGCUGAUGGUCUAGCCAAAUCAUGGAGCAUGGACUCCGGGGAUUGUCUAGCCACAUUCAAGGGGCACAAAGGAGCAGUGUUGUGUGUAAACGCAGACCCGACAGGCUCAGUCCUGUACACGGGUAGUACGGACUAUACAAUAAAGAGUUGGAAUAUUCAUACGGGUGAAAUCUACAAAACGUUUGAGGGACAUCAAGGAUCAGUACUUUCCAUUCAGGUUUUUAACAAGCUUAUGUAUUCAGGGAGCUCUGAUCAGUAUGCGAAAUGUUGGGUGACAGAAUUUGGUGAUUGUACCCGUACAUAUAUCGGACACAAACACUCUGUUAGUGCUAUUAAGUUUUAUGAUGGUUUAUUUUACACAGGAAGUGGAGACAAUAACGCAAGGGUAUUUGAUGCGAAAUCCGGGACAUUGAAACGAACUUUUAAAGGUCAUGAAUUUGCUAUCAAUGCCAUAGCGAUCAUUGAAAAGAGGUUAUACACUGCAUCACAUGACGGCAGCGUUCGCAUCUGGGAUUGUUCCGAUCUUAAAAUAGAGAAUCUCGGAGUAGGCGACGACGACGAUGACGAGGAGAAAGAAAAGAAGCGUUUAGAAAAGGAAAGAAAGAAGCAGGAGAAGAAGGAGAAGAAAAUGAAAGAAAGAGAGGAAAAGAAAAAGGCAAAAGAAGAGAAGAAAAAAGAGAAAUCAAAGAAUAAUAAAAAGCAAAUUAUUGAAGAGGAAAAGGUGGAGAAUAAAUCACCAGAUGAUAAUAAGGAGGAAAAGGAGAGUUUACAAGAGAAGAAUAACUUUGAGAAAAAUGAGAAAGGUGAUGACGAAUCAAGCAUGGCGAGCGAGAAGAAAGACAGCGUCAAAGCUGAAAACGAAGAUGACGCCUUAGACGAUAUAGACGACUUCUCUGACGAGGAAUUAGACAAUGAAAUUAAGAAUAUUGAUCAAAAUAUGCAAGAAUAAAUAUAAAAUAAAUAAAUAAAUAUAUAUAUAUUAUAGUAAUAGGGCCUAAAUACGUAUUUGCAACAAAUGUGACGCCAUUGCUAAAAUUACAAACCUGUGCUUUAAUUUUCUGACAGAAAUAGUUUUAGUAAAAUUAUUUAAACGAUAAAUCGUUUUUGAAGCGUUAAAAUAGUUUAUAUAAAUCUGUUUUAUACUUCUGAAUAAAUUUCUAAGCCGGUCCAUCCAGUGUAUGAUGGCUUGUUUCCUAUUAAACCGAAUUAUUUCAGUUUUGUUAAAAUAGCUGUUUAAAGUAGUUCAUGCAAAUGGAAUAAUAGGUCUGCAAACUAUGCGGAACAAUAUUGUAAAACGUAAACGCAUUAUGUUUGCCUGAAUUUGAAAUUGGAAUGCGUUAUAAGUAUUGUAUAUUUAUUGUGUUGAUCUUUGGGAAUUUUCUCUAAUUGAAAUACUGUUUAAUAUGCGGAACAAUAGCAUUUCUAACAAUAUUGCUCAUAUUUUAUGACCAAUUAAACAACGAUGCAAUACUUUGGCAUCCAGCAUUGGGCUUGUCGAUGUUGCCGUGAGUGGCCUUGGAUU